AUGACUGUCCGUCUUCCUCCAUCUCGAUCCUCAGAAGAAGAGCACAUUGAGAUGGAGGACAAUGGAAUAUCGAGGGACCCUUCGAGGCAGAGACUCCUCCAGCCUCGAGCACGCGGUGGUACCCAUGGACGGCUCGCUGGUCUGGCCUCUCAUACCCUGGGCUUGAUCCUUCUCCUUUGCGUCGUCUUCCUAUGGACUAUGUCCAAUUUUCUCGGUAGUAGCAUAUUUGCUGACAACACGUAUGCCAAACCCUUCUUUUUGACUUACCUCAACACUUCCACCUUCAUGCUGGCCAUGAUCCCUACCCUCGUGCGGAUGGCGUACAGACGGCACCGGGAGCGGGGCGACCUGUACGACGCGAUCCGAGUGAAUGUGUUACGGACAAUCAAGAGGAAAAGCUAUCGACGGCUGUCGAACAUUGAAGAUGACGAUGCACAAGAUCCUGAAGAAGGGCAAGAAGAAGACUCAGAAUCCGAGACAUUCAUUCAGAAACGGGCAACUGGGGAAGAAGAAGGCAAACACUUAGGAAUCAUCCCCACGGCCCGGCUGGCCUUUGCCUUUUGCAUUCUCUGGUUCAGCGCCAAUUACUUUGCCAUGGCAUGUCUAAAGUACACGACGGUCGCAUCCACCACGAUCCUGACCUCGACCUCGAGCUUUUGGACCCUUUUCAUCGGCGCCUUCACGGGCACGGAGAAAUUCACGUGGCGGAAACUGUGUGGCGUUCUGGCCUCCUUUGCGGGCAUCUUGUUGAUCUCGAGCGUGGACUUUUCGGCCAAGACGGAUGGUGGCAGCUCUGAUUCACUGGGCGAGAAAUCGAUUUCGAAGCGCGAGGACACGUUUCCGGACAAAUCCCCCUCGGAACUCGCCUUGGGGGAUGCCUUUGCAUUGUUAUCCGCCAUCAUCUACGGCGUCUACACCAUCACCCUGAAGAAGACAACCGUCAAAGCCCUGCCGCGAUCUCUCAACAUGCCCCUCUUUUUUGGAUUGGUGGGAACCUGCAACCUCAUCCUCCUUUUCCCCUUAUUUCCCAUCUUACAUUUCACGAACCUCGAACCCUUCGCCUUCCCGCCCACAAGGAGAAUCUGGACCAUCCUACUCAUCAACAGCUGCGCGAGCUUCUGCUCCGACCUCUGCUGGGCGUACGCCAUGGUCUUGACCUCUCCUCUUUUGGUCACGGUGGGUCUGAGCCUGACGAUCCCUCUUUCCCUGGUUGGGGAAAUGGUCCUCCAGGGCCACUAUGAGGGCUGGGUAUAUUGGGUCGGGGCCGGGAUUGUGGUCGGCAGCUUUUUGUUCAUUGAUCAGCAGGAGAAGAACGAGGAGGUCUCGCAUGACGGCUCAAGCCGUGGUGUCGAGACUCAGAACGGAAAUGACUACGACCACGGUGCUAAUGCUGCUGCUGCUGCAGCUGCAGAAGCAGGGAACGACUACGGCGUUGAUGGGCAUAGACAUAGAUCCUAA